GCUUCAGCAUUUCAGGUAGAGGAGGAGCUAAAGGAGCAGCAACGGGAGAAGGCAGCCAGCCUGAGACGUUUCCAGGGAGAGGUGAAGCAGCGGGUGAACCAGCAGGUCAGGAUGCGAAGAAAGCAGCAGCUGCAGAAGUCCUACGAAGCAGCAGAGAGGGAGAGCUGCGUGGCCGUGCAGUACUCAGACUCCGCGCUGCAUUUGACCCCCAGGAAGAACACGUGCCUGUUUCGGAGCCACCCCGCGCCCGCCAUCUGUGGUGCCGGUGCUCGUGCCGUCCCGGCACAGCGGCAAGGGAUGCAAAGCGAGCCGUUCCAGCAGCAAGCCGCCAAGAAACCAGAGUCUUACAAGACAGCCGCAGUGCCUGCAGAAGAUGAGAGUGAGGAACUGCUUCUAGCAGGACAUCAUGAUCUUCCAGCUGAACUGCAAGACCAGGGGACAGCUCCGCAUCAAGCUGAGCAAGACGAUGACUUCUACAUCAAAAUUGAAUUUGCAAAAUUCUGUGAUGGAUCGGUGAAGGGCUCGAGCUUGCCUGAGUCUCCCCAGAGGCUGCACGCCGAUUAUCAAGCUCCCCUCGUACUCUGGGCUGGCGUAGACCAAGAGGAAACCAGGAAGCAGCGUCAGAACGAGUACCUGAGAUACAGGCGCCUCUUCAUGAAUAUCGAGCGAGAGCAAGUGAAGGAACAGCAGAGGCAGAAAGAGAGGCAGAAGAGAAUCGCCGAGAUUAAGAGCAAGAAGGAGAACCAGCGCCGGGCAGAAGAGCAGAGGAUGCAGGAGAUGGCUGAGCAGCAAGAACCCUCCCCGGGAGAGGGAGCCUGUGAAACCCUGGCCCAGCUUAAACUGGAGGAGAGGAAAGUGAAGAAGGUUAAGGAAAAACAGCAGCGAAAUAAGGAGUACGCGAGGUACAUCGAAGCUCUAAGAGCCCAGAUGAGGGAGAAGAUACAACUAUAUAACAUCGACUUGCCCCCGCUGUGCUCCUGCGGGUCCGAUUUCUGGGACUCCCACCCGGAUACCUGCGCCAACAACUGCGUCUUCUACAAAAACCACAAAGCCUACAGCCACGCUCUGCAGUCCGUCAUCUCGUCCUGCGACCCCGCAGACAGGAGCCCCUCCGCGAGGCUGCCGCUCCGAGACCUGGCCGCUCUCUGCGCUCGUUCGGGGAAGCAUCUGUGA